GGAGGCCAGUGACUGCCGCGGCGUGACGAUUCCUUUGGCAGCAAUGGAGCUGUACUUCAGUGUGUACGAUUAUAUCGUGUUCGGCUCGAUGCUGGCCAUCUCGGGCCUCAUUGGCGUGUACUUUGGCUUCUGUCGCACGCAGAAGCAGAACACCACGGCUGAGUAUUUGCUGGGCAGUAAGAAGAUGGGGGUGUUCCCGGUGGCGAUCUCCCUCACGGCCACACACAUCUCGGCCGUGACGAUGCUUGGCGUGCCGGCGGAAAUGUACCUUCACGGGACGCAGUAUUGGGUGUGCGCCAUCUCCGGACUCGUGGUCACCAUCGCCAUGUCACACCUCUAUCUGCCCGUCUUCAUGGAGCUGCAGAUCACCUCGUGCUAUGGUUAUCUUGAGAAGCGCUUCGGCGUGAGCUUGCGCAACCUGGCCAGCGGACUGUAUACGCUGUGCACCAUCCUGGGCGUUCCUGUGCUCAUUUACGCGCCCGCCAUCGCCUUCAGCCAAGUCACGGGCAUCAAUCUGCACAUCAUCACGCCCGUGAUGUGCGUCAUCUGCAUUUUCUACACCACGAUCGGCGGCAUCAGGGCUGUUGUCUGGACGGACACGAUUCAAUUCCUCCUCAUGGUUGGCGCUCUGGUUGUAGUGAUCAUCAUGGGCACGAAUAUGCUGGGCGGAUUCGCCGAAGUGUUCAGAAUUGCCGAUCGCGGAGAGCGGAUAAUUAUCUUCGAUAUGAACACAGAUCCUUUUGUGCGCUCGUCAUUCUGGAUGGUCAGCAUUGGACUGACAACGAUGUGGAUCUCGAAUAUUGGCGUCUCGCCUGAGUGCGUUCAGCGCUUCCUGGCCAUUCCCACCUUGUCGGAUUCGCGGAAGGUCGUCUGGAUCUUCGGCAUCGGUCAUAUUAUCAUCAAGCUCUGCUCGGUUUACAACGGAUUGAUAGUUUAUGGAAAGUACGCGGAUUGUGAUCCCGUGAGCAACGGAUCUGUGAAGAAAGCCGAUCAAAUUUUUGCCUACUACGUUUUGGAUGUUGCUUCGUCCAUUCCCGGACUCUCUGGCCUCUUCGUGGCGGGAAUCUUCUCAGCCGCGCUGUCCUCCAUGUCCAGCUGCAUGAACACUCUGGCGGGAACAUUCUACAUGGACUUCGUGAAGCACAAAUAUCCUUCGCUGUCUGACGAAACGGGCAGUCGCAUUAUGAAGCUGUUGGUGGUCGUAAUCGGAACCACUUGUCUUGGCCUCGUGUUCGUCGUUGAAAAGCUAGGCAAUAUCUUCAGCUUGGGAAUUUCAAUCGGAGGCGUCACGGCUGGAACUCUCCUUGGCAUUUUCACUCUGGGCAUGGUUUGUCCGCGCGCCAACACAACAGGCGCUCGUUGGGGUGCUUAUGCCUCCCUAAUCAUUGUCAGUGGCAUUGUUCUCGGCGCUCAGCUCAACAUCAUGGAAGGAAAUCUCAAGUACACGAGUCUUCCGUUCAAUCUCACAGGCUGCAACAACCCGGAAUUCGCCAACACCACAUCUAUCAUCCUCAACGAGCAUCACGACAACUCAAACGUGCCUUGGAUCUUCCGCAUCGGCUUCAUGUACUACUCAGUGAUCGGGGCAAUGAUUGUCUUCAUCGUGGGCUAUCCUGUGAGCAUUCUGACUGGCGGACAUGACGAUAUAGACGAGAGACUUCUGGCGCCGUUCCUCAGAGGUUGGUACAGAAGACGACGGAAGGCGAAGAACUUACCAAAGGGCGCGAAACCCGACCAGGAGAUGCAUCUCAUCUUAACUCCUGAUAGGUAAUCCUUGCUACCUCUCCUUAUUCCGUGGCAAAUAAACGCCGUGUCUGAAUUGUGUGGCGAUGAAUUUGAGUCUCUCUUGGCGCAGUCUUUUGGCCAAUUGCAC